CCGUAGGACAGAAGACGCGCAGGCACUGGAAGGAUAAGAAAGUUAGGCGUAAUCAACGAUUUGACGGAUUGUUUAAUUUUUUUGGGAUACUUAUCAGGGAUUAUUACGCACGGCGUAUAUGAGCUCAUUUACUUAAAACUGGACAGCGAAAGAAAUGUCGCAUGUACACCUGAGAUACCUCCUGGCUUUGGCCUUGGCGGAAGUUGUGUUUUCCUCCGGAGUUUUCGAGUUGAAAAUUAAUUCCUUCCACACGGCGCAGCGCAUCUGCAGGAGACACAGGGACUGCCACAUAUUUUUUAGAAUAUGCCUAAAGCACCCGGAGGAUGUGAUAUCUGCCGAACCGCCCUGCACCUUCGGGACCGGCCAAACCAACGUCAUCAGGGCCGAUCACACCUCCAUCUCCAGCAGCGCUCCCAUCAGGGUGCCCUUUCACUUUAAAUGGCCGGGCACAUUUUCGCUGAUUAUCGAGGCCUGGAACGCAGAAUCCCCGACCGAAUACACAGGUAGCAACAUCAUGGCAGUAAUAAAGUCGCUCCCACACAACACCGCACAGCAUUUCAAGUUGUACCUUCUCCAUACAGAUAACCAAAACAACCUCGUGAACCGCCUGGCUACCAGGAGACGGCUAUCCAUCGGGGAGGACUGGUCACAGGACGUCCACUUUGGAGAGCAAAGCGAGCUACGCUACUCUUACCACGUCUUCUGUGACGAAUACUAUUUUGGAGACGGCUGCGCGGACUACUGCAGGCCGAGGGACGACACGCUGGGUCACUACACCUGUGACGAGGAGGGCAACCGGAUCUGCCUGGAGGGCUGGAAAGGAAACUACUGCUCUGAACCCAUCUGCUCAGCGGACUGCAGCGAAAGGCACGGCUACUGCGAGGCCCCUGGGGGCUGCACAUGUCGCAUGGGCUGGCAGGGCCCCUCCUGCAACGAGUGCGUCCGCUACCCGGGUUGCCUCCACGGGACCUGCAGCCAGCCGUGGCAGUGCAACUGUCAGGAGGGCUGGGGGGGCCUCUUCUGUGACCAGGACUUGAACUACUGCACCAACCACAAGCCGUGCGCCAACGGCGCGACCUGCACCAACACCGGCCAGGGGAGUUACACGUGCGCCUGCAGGCCUGGUUUUGGGGGGACUAACUGUGAGCUGGAAACCAACGAGUGUGACAGCAACCCCUGCAAGAACGGAGGCAGCUGCAAUGACCUGGAAAAUGACUACUCGUGUACCUGCCCUCAAGGAUUCUACGGUAAAAACUGUGAGAUCAUCGCAAUGACGUGUGCGGACGGUCCCUGCUUCAACGGGGGGACGUGUGUGGAGACCAUGACGGGAGGUUACACCUGCGGCUGCCCGUCCAGCUACACAGGCUCCAACUGUGAGAAGAAGCUGGACCGCUGCAGCAACCGGCCCUGUUUAAACGGCGGCGAAUGUCUGGACCUCGGCCAGAGCGUUCUCUGCCGCUGUCAGGCCGGCUUCACCGGCGCCAACUGCCAAGUCAACAUCGACGACUGCGCCUCAAACCCUUGCCAGAAUGCCGGCACGUGCCAGGAUGCUGUGAAUGACUACACUUGCUCCUGCACUUUGGGGUACACAGGCAAAAACUGCAGCGUGCGCUCGGACGCAUGCGGCGCCCGUCCGUGCCAGAAUGGUGGCACUUGCUUCACUCACUUCACCGGGCCCGUUUGCCAGUGCCCGAAAGGGUUCAUGGGCCCAAGUUGCGAGUUCACUCUCCAGCCUAGUUUCAAACCCGCUCUGCGCCAAACCGCGCAGCCCUCCUCCGCUACGCUUAGCAUCUCCUGCGUUCUAGCCAUGCUGGUCGUGGCUCUCGCGGCUGGUAUCAUCUUCCUGAGGAGGCGUAGGAGGCUGCAAGGAAGGAAGCAGCUGAGCGACAUUGCGGUUUACAAUGACCUGGAGACGGCGAACAACCUGGGCGGAAGCGAGAGAGAUUCCUUCCUCGGUCCGAACGGCCUGUUCAAGAUCAGCAACAGCACGGCCCGACUCAGCUUCCCUCUCUGCCCGGAAGGAAGGUCAGGGUACAGGCACAAUCCGGUAGAGAGCAGCCUGGCCAGAGAGGAUUUCAUGUGGCGCGACGAGGCCGGUCUGGGUCCCGGAGCCGGGUUGAGAUGAGCGGAGCGGAGCUCGGACGGGAGAAGCACAUAUUAGCACUUGUUGCUCCUCUUUCUUCAUGCACUGUAACACGAGGAGCAAAACACCGCAAAUAGCAACAAAUGAUUUUUACAAAGAUUAUUAGAAAAAUAUACGGGGGCACAUUGAAGACCCAAAGAGGCCGAUAUUAAGACCCACCUUUCACAGGACCUGCAACUCAAACCAAAUACUUACAAUACUUAACCGCUUUGGAAAAAUUGCUGUAUGACUUUGAUAUGAUCUUUAAUAUCAUUUGCUGUCUGUUUUUUUUAUUUUUUUUUUACACAGAUUUUUUUUUUGCAUUUCAAUCUUCCUUUACUCAUUUUUUCCUUAUUGUGCGCACCAUCAUGUUUAUCUUUUAUAUUAUUUAUUUAUUUGAAAACCUAUGUUUAUUGCUUCACUUUGAUUGUGACAGAAAUAUAUUUAUACGAUGCUGAAUGAAGACUUUGGGCCGUGUGGAAGAGAAAACAUCCCAAAGUUGUAACGGGCAGGGAUAUGAGGAUAUAUAUAUAUAUACAUUGCCCCCGUCAUGUGCCAUUUUUUUUUACGUUCAUACCAAAGUUUGCGUGAUGUUAUAUGUUAUGUCAUUGUUAUUUAAGUUGAUCAUAUUGGGGUUUUUUUUUGUUGAGGAAUAAAAACCAACAAUG